GCUUUUACCAGAAGGUUCCCAAUCGCCGAUCAAACAGCAGCCUUGUUCCAUUAUCCCCAUCUUCCCGCUUCGAUUUCUAGGGUUUUGAGAUCCAAUUAAUUCAAUGGAAGAAACCCUAGGAAAGAGAAAACAUCAAGAAGUGCUCGAAGGAGUAGAAGACGGCCAUCAAAGGAAAGCACCGAGAGUUGAAGAAGAAGGAGACGAAGAGAUCCCUAACAACGAUUCUCUCCUCUCGAUCGCUCGCUACAGCGACGACGAGGACGAAUACGAGAGGAGUAGAGCCCAAGAGAACGGGCACGAUGAGGAUGAUAAGGAUCACGACAAAAGUGCGCCCCGCCGCCGUCGAAGACGCACGAGGAUGGUGGAGCUUCGAAGGCAUUGCCCCUAUCUUGAUACGGUUAAUCGACAGGUGUUGGACUUUGAUUUUGAGAAGUUCUGUUCUAUCUCUUUGUCGAAUUUGAAUGUAUAUGCAUGCUUAGUUUGUGGGAAGUAUUUUCAAGGAAGGGGUCUCAGUUCUCAUGCAUAUACUCAUAGUCUUGAAGCAGGGCACCAUGUGUAUAUUAAUCUUCAAACUGAGAAAGUUUAUUGCCUCCCUGAUGGUUAUGAAAUCAAUGAUCCAUCGUUGGAUGAUAUUCGACAUGUUCUUAACCCAAGGUUUACCAGGGAACAAGUCCUGCAUCUUGAUGAAAAUAGGCAAUGGUCAAGGGCCCUUGAUGGUUCCAAUUAUCUCCCUGGAAUGGUGGGGCUUAACAACAUCAAAGAGACUGAUUUUGUUAAUGUCACUAUUCAGUCAUUAAUGCGAGUUACACCCUUAAGGAACUUCUUUCUCAUCCCUGAAAAUUAUCAAAACAGCAAGUCUCCACUUGUUCAGCGGUUUGGAGAGCUCACACGGAAAAUUUGGCAUGCACGAAAUUUUAAGGGACAGGUUAGCCCUCAUGAGUUUCUUCAGGCUGUUAUGAAAGAAAGUAAUAAGAAAUUCCAAAUAGGUGUACAAUCAGAUCCAGUAGAAUUCAUGUCUUGGUUACUGAACACAUUACAUGCGAAACUCAAACAUUCAAAGAAGAAAAAUAAAAGCAUCAUUCACGACUGCUUUCAGGGGGAGUUGGAAGUUGUGAAGGAGAUCCAGAGGAGGUCUUUACUUGAGAGAACUGGAACUGAAGAUGAACAGGCCAACACAGUUGUCGCGGGGGAGGGGCUAAACAAUGUUGAGACAUCUAGAGUGCCAUUCCUAAUGCUUGGUCUUGACCUGCCUCCUCCCCCUCUCUUUAAGGAUGCAAUGGAGAAAAAUAUCAUACCUCAAGUUCCUCUUUUUAACAUCAUGAAGAAAUUUGACGGCGAGACUGUCACAGAAGUUGUUCGGCCUUGCAUCGCAAGGAUGAGAUAUCGUGUCACUAGACUACCCAAGUAUUUAAUAGUUCACAUGCGUCGGUUUACAAAGAACAAUUUCUUCAUAGAAAAGAAUCCUACUCUUGUUAAUUUUCCUGUGAAGAAUCUUGAAUUGAAGGACUUUAUACCCUUGCCUGCACCCAAGGAGAACGAGAGGCUUCGCUCAAAGUACGAUCUUAUUGCAAAUAUUGUUCAUGAUGGCAAGCCGGGUGAAGGAUAUUACAGGGUUUUUGUCCAACGGAAGUCGGAAGAGUUAUGGUAUGAGAUGCAAGAUCUCCAUGUAACAGAAACUCUUCCCCAGAUGGUUGCCCUCUCUGAAGCUUACAUGCAGAUUUAUGAGCAGCAACAAUUAUGAGAAAAUGUUAAAAAGCUUUGAUAAUUGGUCUUUUAUCUCAUGAAAUCACCGGCUCUGAAGGAUUAUUAGUAUUGUAAUAGCAAGUUCUGAUGGAUAAUUGACCUUUUUUUGGUUAAUUCUUACUAAUCUCACGUUACAGAAAUAUCUUUUCCAAUAUGCAGUAUCGAUUUUGGCCAUAA